AUGGCUACUCAUACGGUCAACGAUCUCCCGACGCGUGGGGCUCGGGAGGCACCACACUUCAAUGGCUCUGAGCCGUCCGAGAUUUCACGCUACUUCGACGACUGCGAGGCUCUCGCCGGCAAGUACAACCUCACGAGCGACGAGGACAAGACACGAACAACCCUGCGUUACAUCUCCGCGAACGUGUUGCGGGUGUGGGAGAAUAUGCCAGAGUAUGCUCGUCUACCCCAGGCAGUCACGGGUACACCUCCACCACCUGGCACAACGACCCCCACUGCGUAUGCGGAUUGGCGCAAGGCGGUCGUGGACCUAUACCCCCAAUCGUCUGCAUUGAUGGUUGGUGUGCCGGAUCUAGAGGCAUGGGCGGUCAAGACGAGGACUUUCGGACGUUUCGCGACGAUCGCGGACCUGGCGGACAUGUGGCGCGAAUUUCUAGCCAUUAAGGGACCCUUGGUGCGGCGGAAGGUGAUAGAGGAGAGCACGGCCGACCGGCAGUACGAGGAGGCCUUCCCGAAAGAGCUCGCUGCCCGUAUACGAGCGGAUUUGCGGGUGAUCCCUGCGAACGUGGCGCGCGAGCCAGGAGUCCCAUACCCUGCCGAGCAAUUCUACCAACGUGCGCAGUACGCGGUUCGGGACAUGUCGGUGCCGAGUUCGUCCUCAGCGGGUGCUUCUGCGGGGUCUGUUGCGGUGAAGACGGAGAUGACGGAUAUCCUGUCUAUGUUCGCGGCGAUGAUGAAGGAAAACCGCGAGGUUGAGCACGAACGGCGCGAACAGGAACGGCGCGAGCGCGAACGGGAGCGCGAGCAAGAACGGCGGGAGCGGGAGAUGGAUAAGGAGAGGAUGCGGAACAUGGAGCGCCAGAUGACCACAACCCUGACGGCGCUGCAGCAUAUCGGCUCGAUCGGCGGUGGGGCAGGUGCAGGAGGGUAUGGGCAAGGUGGCGGCGGAAGCGGAUAUGGUGCUGGUGGUGGAGGAUAUGGCGGAGGAUGGCCCGCGAGAGAUGCACCCCCGCAUAACAGCGGUCGGGGUCCAGCAGGCCAGUACGGCGGCACUUUCAAUAACCGGCCCGAUCAUUGCUUCCACUGCCAGAAGUCGGAGGGUCACUACGCUCGCGACUGUCCCAUGGCGGCUGCUCUCGAGAAGGAGGGUCGGGUGACGCGCGACGACCGUGGGCAGUGUCUGAUCGCGGGGACGAGUAUUCGGGUAGGUGGAUGGAUGCAGGGUGUCACGCUCGAGGACAAGAUCGCGUGGUACGAGCGGCAGCACGGGCUCGCGGGUGGCGCAGGUGCCAACAGCUCGAACCAGCCGGCCGCGCGGCAGUACGCGCUCGAUAUCUCUCCGGCGGCAACAUCGGGAACUACGGCAGCUGGGUUCCAUGCGGACAAUGCGCGCGGGGACCAGGCAACGGGCGUAGAUGUGCUCUCCCGGCGCGAGCGAGUCGAAGAGCUCGUGCGCGAGCUUCGGUCAUUGGGUGCCUCCGAGGAUGACCUGCCCGGAGAUGUCAGUGCCAACGCGUUCGUGCAGACGCGGCGCGGGGCCGGCGUAGACGUACCGGGGGCGAGCGCGAGUGCGGGACGAAGGAGGGAGGACGCGGACAGGCCGAGCGCGGACACGGCGAAGGAGGACGCGUCACGCGUGACCGUUGGUUCAAAAUCGCGCGACGCGACGGAUCGCGACUUUCCUUCAUCCGCCCACAUCGAGGUCGUUGACGAGGAGGUCGAGCACCCAUUAACACUGGUGCCCGACGCGAAUUAUGAGCCAGAGCUUGAGGUCGCGAAGUUGAGGCAGGCUGCCGAGGCGGCGGCGAAGAAAAUGGCGUCGGGCGAGGUGGCGAGUGAAGCUAAGGGCUUGCUCCGACGAGUGCUGGACUCGAAAGUCGAGUGUUCGUUGGAGGAGCUGCUGCAUAACUCGCCGCCCGUUGCACGCGCGGUCCGUGAGGCGGCAACGCGUAGACGGCCGGUUGUGCAAGAUGUACCGGUUCAGGAUGUGGUCGUGGACACCAUGCUGCAGGGCUUCGGCCAGGCGGCGUUCGAUGCCGACGAAGUGUUGCCCUUCCCCGGGGAGUCACCGGUGGUGGUAGCCUCGUUUGCGUUUGACUCCAAUGCACGCCCCAUCGCCGAUGACGACCCGGCUAUCGUACGCUCAGAUGUGGACAUCGAGGCGGAACGCAUGGCGAAAGAGGGAAAGGUGUUGGAGGUUAGACGUCUGGAUGGCGAGUUGAGGACGGGCAAACGUAUCGCCGAGUUACGGGCCAUCCUCAUGAGCAUAGGUGGUCGAGGCUUGGUAGAGUGUAUACUCGACCCUGGUUCGGCCAUCGUGUCCAUGUCGGAGGUGACGGCGGAGGCGUUGGGUGUCCUAUGGAACCCAGAUAUCCAGAUUCGGAUGCAGUCGGCUAACGGGAAGUUCGACAUGACGUGCGGAAUGGCCAAGAAUGUGCCCUGUCGUAUCGGGGAGUGCACAUUCUAUCUGCAGGUUCAUGUCGUCAAGUCCAAUGCGUACAGUGUCUUACUCGGUCGGCCCUUUGACCUCCUCUCCGAGAGCGAGAUCAAGAACUACUCGGAUGGCCGCCAACACCUUACGCUCACGGACCCGAAUACGUUGGUCAGGACUGCAAUCUUCACCCACCCGCGCGGCAAGGCCCCGGCGAAGGAGGAUUUUCGGGACUCGAUGAUCUGA